AGCGGUUCCUCACGCGCUCAUCUCUAUAUCACAUUGCUUGGUUUUCUGUUUAAUUUUUCCACAAUGUCCGGCUCCGGCGCCAAUCCCUUUGCCCAGUUCCAGGAGUCAUUCACCCAGGACGGCAACGUCUACAAGUAUUUUGAUCUGCCCUCCAUCGACAGCAAAUAUGAGUCACUGCCCUUUUCCAUUCGCGUUCUGCUGGAAUCAGCGGUGCGCAACUGUGACAACUUUCAUGUGCUGGAGAAGGAUGUGCAGAGCAUCCUGGGAUGGACUCCAUCGCUGAAGCAGGAAACCAGCGAUGUGGAAGUCUCCUUCAAGCCAGCUCGUGUUAUAUUGCAGGACUUUACUGGCGUUCCCGCCGUCGUGGAUUUUGCUGCCAUGCGGGAUGCUGUCCGCGAGCUGGGCGGCAAUCCUGAGAAAAUCAAUCCCAUCUGCCCUGCCGACCUGGUCAUCGACCAUUCCGUUCAGGUGGAUUUCGUUCGCUCCUCGGACGCAUUGACCAAGAACGAGUCACUAGAGUUCCAGCGCAACAAGGAACGAUUCACCUUCCUCAAAUGGGGAGCUCGCGCUUUUGACAAUAUGCUAAUUGUGCCACCCGGCUCUGGCAUUGUGCACCAGGUUAACCUGGAGUAUCUGGCCCGAGUGGUUUUCGAAAGCGACAGUUCAGCGGACGGAUCUAAGAUCCUUUAUCCGGAUAGCGUUGUGGGCACUGACUCCCACACUACAAUGAUCAAUGGAUUAGGUGUUCUCGGCUGGGGUGUUGGCGGUAUCGAGGCGGAGGCCGUAAUGUUGGGCCAGUCCAUUUCCAUGCUGUUGCCAGAGGUGAUUGGCUACAGGCUGGAGGGCAAACUGGGCCCUCUGGCCACAUCCACCGAUCUGGUGCUGACCAUUACCAAGCAUUUGCGUCAGCUUGGUGUCGUCGGCAAGUUCGUGGAGUUUUACGGCCCCGGAGUGGCAGAGCUCAGCAUCGCGGAUCGCGCCACCAUCAGCAACAUGUGUCCGGAAUAUGGAGCCACUGUGGGUUACUUCCCAAUCGAUGAAAACACGCUGAGUUACAUGCGCCAAACCAAUCGCUCCGAGAAGAAAAUCGAUAUUAUCCGGAAGUAUUUGAAGGCCACUCGACAACUUCGUGACUAUUCCCUUGUGGAUCAGGAUCCCCAAUACACGGAGUCUGUAACUUUGGACUUAUCCACCGUGGUGACCUCGGUUUCGGGGCCCAAGCGACCGCACGAUCGCGUUUCAGUUUCCAGCAUGUGCGAAGACUUCAAGUCGUGCCUCAUAAGUCCUGUCGGCUUCAAGGGAUUCGCCAUACCACCGAGUGCAUUGGCUGCAAGUGGUGAAUUCCAAUGGGACGAUGGGAAGAGCUAUAAGAUAGGUCAUGGAUCUGUUGUGAUUGCCGCCAUCACCUCGUGCACGAACACUUCGAAUCCCUCGGUGAUGUUGGGCGCUGGUCUGCUGGCCAAGAAUGCCGUGCAGAAGGGCUUGAGUAUUUUGCCGUAUAUCAAGACCUCAUUGUCACCAGGAUCUGGCGUGGUUACCUACUAUCUGAGGGAAUCCGGUGUGAUUCCCUAUCUGGAGCAGCUGGGCUUCGACAUUGUGGGCUAUGGCUGUAUGACCUGCAUUGGCAACUCGGGCCCGCUCGAUGAGAACGUAGUGAACACCAUCGAGAAGAACGGACUGGUUUGCUGUGGCGUCCUGUCGGGCAAUCGCAAUUUCGAGGGUCGCAUCCAUCCCAAUACUAGGGCCAAUUAUCUGGCCAGUCCGCUGCUGGUGAUUGCCUACGCGAUUGCCGGCCGUGUGGAUAUUGAUUUCGAGAUCGAACCGCUGGGCGUGGAUUCCAACGGCAAGGAGGUGUUCCUGCGCGAUAUCUGGCCAACGCGCAGUGAGAUUCAGGAGGUAGAGCAUAAGCACGUCAUUCCCGCCAUGUUCCAGGAGGUGUACAGCAAAAUUCAACUGGGAUCCAGGGACUGGCAAACGUUGGAGGUGUCGGAUAGCAAGUUGUAUCCAUGGAGUGAAAUAUCAACAUACAUCAAACUACCACCGUUCUUCGAGGGUAUGACUCGUGCGCUGCCCAAACUUAAAGGUAUCGAGAAGGCUCGCUGUCUGCUGCUUCUCGGUGAUUCAGUGACCACCGAUCAUAUCUCGCCAGCCGGAUCCAUUGCACGAAAGUCACCGGCAGCGCGCUAUUUGUCGGAAAGGGGUCUAACGCCGCGCGACUUUAAUUCGUAUGGAUCCAGACGUGGCAAUGAUGCGGUGAUGGCACGCGGAACCUUUGCCAACAUCCGUCUGGUCAAUAAACUGGCAUCCAAGACGGGACCCAGCACACUGCACGUGCCCAGUGGCGAGGAGAUGGACAUCUUCGAUGCGGCGGAACGGUAUGCGAGCGAAGGAACACCUUUGGUUCUGGUCGUAGGCAAGGACUACGGCAGUGGCAGCUCACGUGAUUGGGCCGCCAAGGGGCCAUUUCUGCUGGGCAUCAAGGCGGUGAUUGCUGAAUCGUACGAGCGCAUUCACCGCUCAAAUCUGGUGGGCAUGGGCAUCAUUCCGCUGCAGUUCUUGCCUGGCCAGAGCGCCGAUACCCUGAAACUGAGUGGCAGGGAGGUGUACAACAUUGUCCUGCCCGAGGGCGAACUGAAGCCGGGCCAGAGGAUUCAGGUCGAUGCUGAUGGCAAUGUCUUUGAGACCACGUUGCGUUUCGACACCGAGGUGGACAUAACGUACUACAAGAAUGGCGGCAUUUUGAACUAUAUGAUACGCAAAAUGCUGGAUUAGUUAGUGCGUUCGUUGACUUUUAUAUUCCAUAUGCAUUUCUAGGCGACUUUUAAUUGUUAUUAUGUGCUGGGAAAUAAAAUUUGACAUUCAUCUGUGAGAUGAUAAUUAUU